AUGUCGGAGCGCAGAGAAGGCAGAGGCAAGGGGAAGGGCGGCAAGAAGGACCGAGGCUCCGGGAAGAAGCCCGCGCCCGCGGCGGGCGGCCCGAGCCCAGCCUUGCCUCCCCGCUUGAAAGAGAUGAAGAGUCAGGAGUCUGUGGCAGGUUCUAAACUAGUGCUUCGGUGCGAGACCAGUUCUGAAUACUCCUCUCUCAAGUUCAAGUGGUUCAAGAAUGGGAGUGAAUUAAGCCGAAAGAACAAACCACAAAACAUCAAGAUACAGAAAAGGCCAGGGAAAUCAGAACUUCGCAUUAGCAAAGCGUCACUGGCUGAUUCGGGAGAAUAUAUGUGCAAAGUGAUCAGCAAACUGGGAAAUGACAGUGCCUCUGCCAACAUCACUAUUGUGGAGUCAAACGAGAUCACCACUGGCAUGCCAGCCUCAACUGAGACAGCGUAUGUGUCUUCAGAGUCUUCCAUUAGAAUAUCAGUAUCAACAGAAGGAACAAAUACCUCUUCAUGUAACUCGCUCUGCGAUGAGACGGUUCGCCGCGAUGCUCGGAGGGCAGGCACCUGCUGCUCUGUGAUGAUUCAGCCCCUUUCAGCCGCCGCGCUCACACCACAGGAUGCUGUUGCUACUGGCGCUCCUGCCGCCGCCGCUGCUGCCGCCGCCGCCGCCGCCGCUGGUCCUGCUCCUGCUUUUACUUCUUCUGCAUGA